AUGACGCUAACUAGUGGUGCCAAAUACUUCAUUGGCUACUCCGCCUUGUCGGUGGCGCUACUAGCUUGGUCCAUUGCAAGCUCUCUCGAAGUAUCACACAAUUACUUUUCGUUUAUCGUCAAAAUCACCGAUGGCUUCAAACUCGGAAUCCUUAUCAAUUUCAUAUUUUUUUCAUUCAUCAUUACUGCGAGGGCUCUCCAGCUCUUGUUAUUUGGAGAGCUCCGAAUAAUAGAGAUUGAGCACAUAGUGGAGUCGGUUCCAAUGUUCACCGUCAACUUGUUGUUUAAUUUGGUUACCAAUGAUCAUAAUUUGCUCAACUGUGUGUUGCUCGGAUUCAUAGUGAUGUCUAAGUUGCUCCAUGUCAUUUUGACCGAUCGUCUCGACUUUGUACAUAUGAAGGUUGUCAAUACCUUGGCGGAAGAACGCUAUACUUCAUCUGAUGUGCUCAGAAGGUACAUUUCAAGCCUAUACACAUGGCUCAUUGCAUUCUUCAUAGUUGCGGAUUUUGUGUUUGCGAAGUUUUUGGUGUACGAUGCCUUCAAAGGUAUCAAUUCCGUGACGUGUUUACUUUUCGGGUUUCAAUUUGCUUUGCUUGGAGUCGAGGCACUUACUUUCUUCUCGAAAUUGUUGUUGAACAUCUACGAACUCGCAGUGUAUAAUGACGCCAAUGAAGACGACGAUGAGUUCGACGUGGACGCAGAUGACACGAUCUCCGAGGUUGACCUGGGCCUGAGAGUCUGGGAAAAGAAGGGCUAUUAUAACAAAGCCAUUGACAUCUUUUCAUCUUCUCUCAAGGCAGUCUCAUACUUGGCGUUCAUUUACCUUCUUACUUUCCAUUCGGGUUUAUCGUUACCCAUAUCAAUGCUUCAGGGUACCUACUCCUCAAUCAAAAAGACAUAUGUUGAGAUCACCCUGUUGUUUGCAUUCAUCGAGUCAGCCAGGCGCUUGGAUAGCCAGUUGGCGACCGCAACCACCGAAGACUUGAGUGCCACAGACAACCUUUGCAUCAUUUGUCGAGAAGAUAUGUACAGUGUUGAAGCGUAUCGAGAGACUCGUGGUCGUCCGCUUCCAGCGAGAAAGUACCCCAAAAAGCUCGAUUGCGGUCAUAUAUUGCAUAUGGGAUGCUUGAAAGAUUGGCUCGAACGCUCAGAAAACUGUCCCUUGUGUCGCCGGAAAGUUUUCGCCGGCAACCCCACGUCUAUUACAGACACAAAUGCCACCAAUGCACAACCAGAACAACCCAUUCCUCAGCAUCCCAUUGCUCAUCCUGAGGAGGUAUUAGAUAGACGACUCGAAGAGUAUACUGAGUUGGCAAGACAACAGAACCUCGCUAGAGAGCAAGCUGCUUCUUCUUCUAACAGGCAAGAGGGCCAAGCUUCCGGAAUACAAGAAGCAGGGGAUAAUUCAGACCAGCUACAGACGAUCAAGUUGCCUGACAAUGCUAUUAUACCUCCCAAUUGGACCAUCCUUCCAAUCCAUCGCAUGUCUGAGAUGCAAUACGGGGUUGACUUCUCCACUCGGCAUCGUGGAACCUUGUCCAUUAGACCAAGCGUCGGAGGCCGAGAGUUGGACAUUUUACGACCACGAAGAUCUGAGAGCGAAAACGAGUAA